AUGCUCGGCGUUGAGGAUGAGUCAAUCCUCGUCGAUUUUGAAGAAGCCGAGAAAUCCAACCCAAGUCCACAGCAAGUCGUUGGGGAACGGGUGAUCUAUUCUUCUCGAAAGCUGGGGAUUCCUAAGAUCAUGGCCGCCCUAUCCUAUCUGACUUUGGCGAGGCCCGCUUUAAGUACACACUGGGAAGAUGUGCAACCAUUGAUCUAUCGGGCCCCGGAGGUGCUAUUGCGGAUGCCCUGGGACCAGAAAAUUGAUAUCUGGAAUCUGGGAGUCCUGACCUGGGACCUUUUCGAACAGGGUCAUCUAUUCUAUGCCCGAGAUGCGAAUAAGAACGAUUCAGACAGUCAUCACCUUGCUGAGAUGAUAGCGCUUCUUGGGCUACCGCCAAAGGAAAUUCUGCAAAAAAGCGAGUAUGCGAGCGAAUUCUUUGAUGACGAUAGUAGAGUUCCUGAGUCCAUUCUAAUUUACCUUGCUACAUUUGUGUUGCUGAUGAGUGAAAAAAAGGCAACUGAAGAGAGGGAAAUCUGCAAGGCGCACAGCAAGAGCUUUUCCUUUUGCUUCAUGCGCAAAAUGCUUCAGUGGCGACCGGAAGAUCGAGCCUCGGCAGAUGAGUUGCUAUCAGAUCCUUGGCUAAGGUCACCGUAG